AUGGACACAAAGGUUGAGAUAGACCUUGAUAAGGAGAUAUAUGAGGGGGGAUCUGAGGUAAGAGGUGCUAUUGAUAUAAAGAUGAGGUUUCCUCUCUGUAUAACCAAGAUCAAUCUGAUUCUGUCCAAGGAAGUGAGUCUGAAAGUACAGGAGAUUGCCCGGAAAGAAGAACAUGGAGAAGAAUUUGGAAAGACAUGCGAUGGUUAUAAAUAUGAGUUCGAGGUUUAUUCAAACGAGGACCCUUUGGGGGAAAUAUCUAGUGGCCACCAUCGAUUUCCGUUCAGGUUUUUGCUCAGAAAAAAUGACGAGGGAUCUUCCGAGGUAAGGGGAGUUUACUUUGAUGUUUUGUGCCACAUAAAAAGCACAUACUGCCUACACGCAGAAGUCUAUGUACUUGGGAUUCACAACCCGGCAUAUACCACUAGAAAAGAAAUACAGGUGGCGGAUCCCAUCACCGAAUCCAGAAAUUUUCAUACAAUUAUUGAAGUGGUGUCUCCGAUUUGUUUCUUGAGCAAAAGAUACAACAUUAACUUUGAGGUCAACAAGCAGUUUUAUUAUUCUGGAGACUAUCUAAAUAUAGAGGCAGCUAUAUCAUCUAGAAGCCCCAGGAUCAAGAGCAUGGAGUGCUUUAUAUAUGAAAUACUUAGUGUCUCUACAGAGAGUAAAAACAUCCUGAGGACAAAGUACAUUGGAGGGGGGCAGGGAGAACAUCGUUCUGAUGGUAGAGUGCUUCGAGCAACCCUAAGAAUACCUUCGACAACGCCAUCCACUGUCUCUGGAAGCGAUUUCAGCAUCAAGGUUGUUUUGUUUAUAAAUCUGGAGCUGUACAGAGGAACACCUGUAAGAGUCAAGAAGUACAUUCCUGUAAUCAAGAGAAAUAUGGUUUAUCCAGAAAUUGAUUGCAUGGAUGUUCUUGAAGGAGAAGUAUAUCCAGAAAAAACGCUUGCAUUGAUAUAG